UUCUUCUGAUCGCCUCCUCUGCCUUUGCCGUGCGCUGUGAGUAUCAAGACGUGCUCCUACAUUCUCAACAAUGAGUCCCAGCCGGUAGUACAGUACGGAUGGUCUUGACAACAUGUCGAGAAUGGAGAGCUUGAUGGACUGGCUCGAUGGCCCGCGGGCCAAUCGUGUCGAGUGGGAGAGUCGUGAUGUGUUCGUUGCAGAGAAACCGGCGGUCACAACGACAACAGUCAAGAAAAGGCGCGAGACUGCGUGGCUAGACGGUCUGCGAGGCAUCGCCGCAUUUCUCGUGGUAUUGCACCAUGUCCAGCCCGGCGUCAUCUAUCUGGGCAACUGCUACAAUACGAAGAUCAAGAUUGGAAAAGAAGUGCUGUGGCUCCAUACGCCAGCGGCCUUGCCCGUCAUCAGGCUUUUCUUCACAGGUGGAUCGAUUGCUGUCGAAGUCUUCUUCUUCAUCUCAGGCUAUGUGGUGCCACGUCGACUCGUAGUCUUGCUUCAUCAAGGACGGCAGGCGGAAUUCAUCGAUGCCUUGAACUCGGCUGUCAUCCGUAGACCUGCUCGUCUGUUCAUCCCAGCUAUGGCAACAACCUUUCUGACCGUUGUGUUCUUUUACAUCACUGGCAUCGAACCUCCGUGGCCUCCAUCGCUGUCUCCCAGUAACAUCUUCCAAGCAUGCCUCUACUGGAUGUUGGACUGCUUCCAGCUGACGAACUACUUCGAUGCAUUUACCUCUGAUUACAGCAGAAUCUUGUGGACGGUAGUGGUGGAGUUCAAGGGUAGCAUGGCGCUGUUCAUGUGGCUAUUCGCCAUACAUCAGUUCAGAGCACAAUCGAGGGUUUGGCUUACACUUGGACUGACGUUGUAUCUCGUGUUCUUCACCACCAGGACCGAAUUUGCGGCAUUCUUCGCUGGUCUGGUCACAUCGGACAUAGAUCUACUGAACGCUUCGGAACAACGAGUCUGGAUCCCGCUUUGGACGGAGCUUUGCGAAUUCCUAGCGACACGUAGAUUCUUUCGAUCAAUCGCCCUGCAUUUGGCCUUUGUCGCAGCGCUCUUCUUCGCAAGUACACCCAUCCUCAAGACCGACAUCAGCAGCAGCAAAGCAAUUGAGAUUUGCGAAUGGCCGAAGUUCACAUGGUAUCUUGUUCCUUGGCAGUACUGGAAGUCGUGGCCGAUGGGAUUCCAGCGAGAUUUCUGGUAUUUCUGGAGCUCGUGGCUCAUCAUUCUCACCUGCAAAGAGAUCGAAUGGCUCAAAGGUCUAUUAGAAGGCCGACUUCCACAAUAUCUCGGCAAGAAUUCCUUCUCCCUCUACCUCACUCACUCUAUUAUCACAACCACUUUGACGAAAAGUAUCCUCCUCCUCACCGGCUUCGCCUGGCUCCGUGGCCCCCAACCACAAUGGCCCUUCGCUCAAAUACCCGUGGGCGCAUGGAAUCACGGAAUCACGUCCAAGAAUGUUGGUCCUGAUGGUUUUCGGCCGGCCGAGCUAUUCAACGUCUUUGCGAGCCUAAUACCGAUAUUUUUCUUGGCAGAGCUUGGAACACGAAUCUUUGACGAGCCGAGUGUUUGGAUCGCGGAAUGGAUAUGGGAGAAAUCAAAGGGAUUGAGAUAGGUGUAUGCCCAGAAAUGACAUUUUUGAGUCCCAACCAAUGAUGAAUGCAAUUCGCUUUCCCGCGUCGAUCUCGAGAUGAUGAAAGAGCAGCUUUUCUUAGUCAAGAUAUUUGAAAUGUCGAGUCUGAAGUUUUUUUUUCUCCCCGCUGCUUCUGCUCGUCUACACCGCCGAGUUGUCAUUGCGACUGACCAAGGCCUACGGUAGCCGCGUCUUGACUUGCUUACGUGACACUUGGACCCUUUG